UCGGGAUCUCCGCGCACCGGUCGGACCGGGCGGCUCAGUGAGUGCGCGUCUCCGAAGUUUGAACCGACUUCCCGUCGGACUCCCGAGCAACAGGCGGACGGAGCCGAGGACUACCGGGACACGCGGGGACACGGGUCCGGGACCCGGAGGACUACUCCCGAACCACCAGGGAGCUGUUAGGGGGACAUGCUGUGAGCUCCUGCUGCAGAGACAAAGAGGGAGGUGCACGCUGGCCGGAGAGAGAGCUCCUCCGACCCAUGCGUCGGGCUGACGAGGAGAGAUGGACAACUUCUUCACGGAGGGUGACCGGGUCUGGUUACGGGAGGACGAGCAGUACCUCCCCACCACUGUGUCCUCGUGCUCCGGGGGGGUGGUGGCCUUCGCCACGGACUACGGCCAGGUGUUCACCUACAAGCAGAAUGCCCUCAGCAGGCAGAAGGUGCAGCCCAUGCACCACAGCAGCAUCCGAGGGGUGGAGGACAUGUCGGCCCUCGAGGACCUUCACGACGGCGCCAUCAUGCACAACCUCUUCCUGCGCUACCAGCAGAGACACAUCUACACCUACGUCGGCUCCAUCCUGGCGGCGGUGAACCCGUACCAGCCCCUCGCCGGCCUCUACGACCGGCCGACCAUGGAGGCCUACAGCCGCCACCACCUGGGCGAGAUCUCCCCGCACAUCUUCGCCGUGGCCAACGAGUGCCUCCGCUCGCUGUGGAAGAGGCUGCAGAACCAGUGCGUGCUCAUCAGUGGAGAGAGCGGCGCCGGGAAGACGGAGAGCACCAAGCUGAUCCUGAAGUUCCUGUCGGCCAUGAGUCAGCACUCCCUGGAGGUGUCCUCCAGAGACGGGACGUCCCACGUGGAGGAGUCGCUGCUGCAGAGCAGUCCCAUCAUGGAGGCCUUUGGAAACGCCAAGACGGUCUACAACAACAACUCCAGCCGCUUCGGGAAGUUUGUCCAGCUGCACUUUAGCCAGAAGGGCAACAUCCAGGGGGGGCGCAUCGUGGACUACCUUCUAGAAAAGAACCGAGUAGUCCGACAGAACCCAGGAGAGAGGAACUACCACAUCUUCUACGCGCUGCUGGCAGGAACCAACAGCCAGCAGAGAGAGGCCUUCUCACUGACCCCCCCCGACACCUUCCACUACCUGAGGGGGUCCAGCUGUCUCUCUGAUUCCACCAUCAACGACAGCGGCACCUUCCAGGCUGUUCAGAAUGCAAUGCGGACGAUGCAGUUCACGGAGGAGAACAUCGGGGAGAUCCUGCGCCUCCUGGCCGCCGUCCUCCACGCCGGGAACAUCGAGUUCAUGACGGCCGGAGGAGCGCAGGUCUCCUCCAAGUCAGCUCUGAGCCGGACCUCCGACCUCCUGGGGCUGAACCCGGAUCAGCUGGCCGAGGUGCUGACCCACCGCUCCAUGAUCCUCAGGGGCGAGAUGAUCUCCACCCCGCUCACCGUGGAGCAGGCCGUGGACUCCAGGGACUCCAUGGCCAUGGCGCUCUACUCGCGCUGCUUCAACUGGAUCAUCUGCAGACUCAACCAGCGCAUCCGGGGCCCCGAGGACUUCCGCUCCAUUAGCAUCCUGGACAUCUUCGGCUUCGAGAACUUCCAGGUCAACCGCUUUGAGCAGUUCAACAUCAACUAUGCAAAUGAGAAGCUUCAGGAAUAUUUCAACAAGCACAUUUUCUCUCUGGAGCAGCUGGAGUACAACAAGGAAGGCCUGGUCUGGGUCGACAUCAACUGGAUGGACAAUGGAGAGUGUCUGGACCUGAUCGAGAAGAAACUGGGCCUCCUGGCGCUGAUGAACGAGGAGAGUCACUUCCCCAAAGCCACCGACUCCACCUUACUGGAGAAACUCCACAGCCAGCACUCGAAGAACUCCUUCUACGUGAAACCUCGUGUUGCUGUGCACAACUUCGGAGUGCGUCACUACGCAGGAGAGGUGGUGUACGACGUGAGGGGGACGCUGGAGAAGAACAGAGACACGUUCAGAGACGACAUCCUCCACCUGCUGAGGGAGAGCAGGUUGGACUUCGUCUACGACUUGUUCGAACACGUGAGCAGCCGAAACAAACAGGACACCCUGAGGAGCAGCUCCAAGAGCCGGAGGCCCUCCGUCAGCACCCAGUUCAAGGAUUCCCUGCACUCGCUGAUGGCCACGCUCAGCACCUCCAACCCCUUCUUCAUCAGAUGCAUCAAGCCCAACACGCACAAGAUGCCUGAUCAGUUCGACCAGACGCUGGUCCUGAACCAGCUCCGCUACUCUGGCAUGUUGGAGACGGUGAAGAUCCGACGCGCCGGCUUCCCGGUCCGGAGACCUUUCCAGGACUUCUGCUCCAGGUACAAGGUGCUGAUGCGGGGCGCGGGGGCGUCGGACGACCACAGGGGGCGCUGCAUCCAGCUGCUGCACCGCUACGACAGCAGCAGCACGGAGUGGCAGCUGGGAAAGACCAAGGUGUUCCUCCGGGAGUCUCUGGAGCAUCGCCUGGAGAAGCAGAGGGAGAUGGAGGUUCUGAGGGCCGCCGUGAUCAUCCAGGCCCACGUCCUGGGCUACAUGGCCCGGAAGCAGUACAGGAAGCUGCUGCAGUGCAUUGUGGUCAUCCAGAAGAACUACCGGGCCUUCUACUGGAGGAGGAAGUUCCUGCUGGUCCGCUGGGCGGCGCUGACCUUCCAGAAGCGAGCGAGAGGCCAGCUGGCCCGCCGGGCCUUCGGCCGGCUGCUGGAGGAGAGGAAGAGGAGGAGGAGGGAGGAGGAGGAGGAGACGGAGCGGCGGAGGAGGAGGGAGGAGGAAGAGGUGGAGAGGAGGAGACAGCAGCUGGAGGCCGAGAGACUCGCCACAGAGGCGGAGGAGGCCAGACGCCUGGAGGAGCUUCACCAGGAGCUGGCCUCUCUGGCUCCUCCUCAUCGAGCAGCAGACGCCUCGGAGGAGGCGGAGUCGGCGGAGGCCCCCGAGGAGGCGGAGUUGGCGGACGAGGCCAUUCGUCCUCACGAGGCCACCCAGGUGGAGGAGAUCCUGCGGCUGGAGCGGGAGAUCCAGUCGCUGCAGAGGCUGAAGGAGCGGCAGGAGCUCUCCCUGACGGAGGCCUCCCUGCACCGCCUGCAGCUCCUCCGCGACCAGGAGCUCCGGCGCCUGGAGGACGAGGCCUGCAAGGCGGCGCAGCAGUUCCUCGACUCGCUGAACUUCGACGAGAUCGACGAGUGCGUGAGGAACAUCGAGAGCUCGCUGGGGGGGGGCGGAGCGGAGGGGAAGGAGGGCGGCGAGGGGCGGGGCCGCGAGGAGGAGGAGGUCGACGAAGGGUUCGGGGCGGACGACGAGGCCUUCAAGGACUCGCCCAACCCGAGCGAGCACGGCCACUCGGAAGGCCAGCGGACGAGCGGCAUCCGCACCAGCGACGACUCGUCCGAGGAGGACCCCUACGCCAACGACGGGGCGACCCCCCCCCUGCCUCUGCCGCCGCCGCCGAACCCCCUGCAGCACCAGCCGCUGCCUCUGCCGCCGGUGCCCACCCCCUGCCACAGCGCCCCGUCCCGAGGGGACUCGUCCGAGGCCCAGUCCGACGUGGAGCUCAUACCGCCGGACGAGGAUUCGGACUACGACCAGGACGACUACGACGAGGGCGCCGUCGUGUCCAGCGGCAGCGUGGCCUUCUCCAACCCCCACAGCGACCAGUGGUCCCCCGACUACCGCGGCUCCGUCGGCACCUACAACAGCUCAGGGGCCUACCGCUUCAGCUCGGAGGGGGCCCAGUCCUCGUUCGAGGACAGCGAGGACGACUUCGACAGGUUCGACACCGACGACGAGGUGUCGUAUCGGCGGGACUCGGUCUACAGCUGCGUCACGCUCCCGUACUUCCACAGCUUCCUCUUCAUCAAAGGCGGCCUGAUCAACACGUGGAAGCGGCGCUGGUGCGUCCUGAAGGACGAGACCUUCCUGUGGUUCCGGGCCAAGCAGGAGGCCCUGAAGCAGGGCUGGCUGCACAAGAAGGGGGGGGGCUCGUCCACGCUGUCGCGCCGCAACUGGAAGCGCCGCUGGUUCGUCCUGCGGCAGAGCACGCUCACCUACUUCGAGAACGACGGCGAGGAGAAGAUGAAGGGCGUGCUGGACAUGCACGACGCCAAAGAAAUCAUCGACAACACGGGGAAGGAGAACGGAAUCAACAUUGUGAUGCCGGAGAGGACCUACCACCUGAUCGCAGAGUCCGCCGAGGACGCCAGCCAGUGGUUCAGCGUGCUGAGUCAGGUCCACGGCUCCACGGAGCAGGAGAUCCGAGAGAUGCACCACGAGCAGGCCAACCCCCAGAACGCCGUGGGCACGCUGGAUGUGGGGAUGAUCGAUUCGGUUUGUGCAGCGGAUAAUCCAGAGAGGCCCAACUCCUUCGUCAUGAUCACGGCCAACCGCGUGCUGCACUGCAACGCCGACACGCCGGAGGAGAUGCACCACUGGAUCACGCUGCUGCAGCGCUCCAAAGGAGACACGCGCGUGGACGGCCAGGAGUUCAUCAUCCGAGGCUGGUUGCACAAGGAGAUGAGGAACAGCUCCAAAGCCUCUCUGAAGCUGAAGAAGCGCUGGUUCCUGCUCACACACAACUCCCUGGACUACUACAGGAGCUCGGAGCGCGGCGCCCUGAAGCUCGGAACGCUGGUGCUCAACAGCCUCUGCUCCGUGGCGCCGCCCGACGAGCGGCUCUACAAGGACACCGGCUACUGGAGCAUCGUCGUCUACGGGCGCAAACACUCGUACCGACUCUGCUGCAAGCUGCUGAACGAGGCGGCGCGCUGGGCCAGCGCCGUCCAGAACGUCAUCGACACCAAGGCGCCCGUGGACACGCCCACCCAGCAGCUCAUCCGCGACAUCAAGGAGAACUGUUUGAACUCGGAGGUGGUGGAGCAGAUCUACAAGAGGAACCCCAUCCUUCGCCACAGCCACCACCCGCUGCACGCGCCGCUGCUGCCGCUGCCCUACGGCGACAUCCACCUGAGCACGCUGAGGAACAGCAGCUGCACCACGCUGCAGGAAGAAGGCCUGAAGGUGUUCAGCUCCCUGCAGCACCUGGAGGGCGUGGCCGACCCGGUGCCCGUCAUCCAGGGCGUCCUGCAGACCGGCCAGGAGCUCAAGCCGCUGCGGGACGAGCUGUACUGUCAGCUGAUCAAGCAGACGGUGCGGCCGCCGCAGCCCGGCAGCCCCGGGAACCUCUGCAGCUGGAAGAUCCUGGUCUGCAUGUCCUGCACCUUCCUGCCGACCAGGAGCAUCCUCAGAUACCUCAAGUUUCACCUGAAGAGGACUCGGGAGCUGCUGCCCGGCUCGGAGAUGGACCGCUACGCCGCCUUCGCCCUGGACUCCCUGAAGAAGACCCGAGCCAGGGAGAACGUCCCGUCGCAGGAGGAGAUCCGCUCCAUCGUGUCCCGGCAGGACAUGAGCACCACGGUCCACUGCCACGGAGGAGGCUCCUGCAAGAUCACCAUUAACUCCCACACCACAGCUGGAGAGGUGGUGGAGAAGCUGAUCCGAGGUCUGGCCAUGGAGGACAGCAGGAACAUGUUCGCUCUGUUCGAACACAACGCCUCCACGGAGAAAGCCAUCGAGAGCCGCGCCGUGGUCGCCGACGUCCUCGCCAAGUUUGAAAAACUGUCGGCCAGCCCCGACGAACGCAACACGGGGUGGAGGUUUUACUUCAAGCUCUACUGCUUCCUGGACACGGAAAACGUCCCCAAGGACAGCGUGGAGUUUGCCUUCAUGUUCGAACAGGCCCACGAAGCCGUCAUCAGCGGUCAGUACCCGGGCCCCGAGGAGGCCCUCCAGUUCCUGGCCGCCCUGAGGCUUCAGUACCUGCAGGGCGACCACGGCCCCCCCCCGGCCAACGUCCCCGACAUGUCCCUGGUGUUCCCCGUGGCGCGGUUGCGGGCCCGCGUGCAGAACUCGGCCAAGGCGUUCGCCCCCGGGUCGCCGGGCGAGCGGCCGGGCGCCCCGGAGAGGAAGCGCUCCAGCUUCCUGGAGGGGACGCUGAGGCGGAGCUUCAGGAGCGGCUCGCUGAGUCGGCAGAAGCUGGAGGAGGAGAACAGCCUGGAGGCGUGGAUGAGGGAGGAGGCGGCGGCGGUGAAGGCCAGCCUGACGGACAAGUGGAGGAAGCUGCAGGGGAUGAGCCAGCAGCAGGCCAUGGUGAAGUACAUGAGCGUGGUGGAGGAGUGGCAGGGGUACGGCUCCACGCUGUUCAACGUGGAGAGUCGGGACGGAGCCUUCCCCCUGGAGCUGUGGCUGGGCGUCAGCCGGGAGGCCGUAUCGGUGUACAAGCGGGGGGAGGCGUGGCCUCUGGAGGUUUUCCCGUACGAGCAGAUUCUCUCGUUCGGAGCUCCGCUGGCGAACACCUACAAGAUCGCCGUGGAGGGCCGCGAGCUGGUGUUCGAGACGCAGAUGGUCAUGGACAUCGCCAAGCUGAUGAAGGCCUACAUCAGCAUGAUCGUCAAGAAGCGCUACAGCAACUGUCAGUCCGUCAGCAGCCACGGCAGCCAGUGCAGCGCCUGACAGCGAGGGUUUGGACCUUAAAGUCGACUUCAUAACCGUUGAUGAAAGUAACCUGAGGACGUUACCAUGACGAUGAGUGUUCAGGCCCAGGCUUUGAUGUUCUUUGGUUGCCAGCUUUCUCAAAACUAAAAAAAAUACACUACAAUCCUUAUUUCUAAUCAAUGAAAAUAGUCAAUAUUUUUAUGUUUUGUGUAGUAAUUUGCAUCAUGAAGGCCUCAAUAUCCUUGAACAUUACAUUUUGAAUAAGAGGAUGACAGCUACAGUCGUUCAGCCAAAAGAGGUGGAAGCCAACUUUAUCUCCUCAUUGCAGCCUCUUGUUUUGGAGGGAAAGCGUUACUUCCUGGUGCUGAAGCCCCGCCCCCUCUGCUGUGGAACCACAUUCGGCUCGACUUUCUCUGAACUUAAAACCUCUCUUUAGGAUCCAUCAUUUGUCCUUUUAUAGUUUUAAUCUCUUUUGUUAGACAAUCAAAACGUCCAUUUCUGGAUCUUUUUCCCAAAGACGAUAAAAUGAAGAUAUAAAAGUACAUUUUGUUUCUAUUGGACACAAACUUCAACCUGUCCUCCAUCACUUCAGGGUCCAUAUUUGGGCUCCUUUGACGUUUUCUUGUAAAAUAAGAUGCUCCUCUUCUUUGGCACAUGAUCGAUAUUCUACAAUCGCACUUCAGAACGCAGCGAAACGCGAGAAGAAGCUCAAACUGAUGCUUCGCGGCGGUGGAACAUCUGGUGGACCUUAUUUUAUGCAGCGUGACUUUUCUGUGGAGCUCCGCGGGCGGCAGAUCCUCCAAAGACGCAGGUUUCUCCCUCGGUGCCUUCCUGUAUAUUCUGUACACUGUUACCUUCUCUUUUUGCUAUAAUGUGCAAUGUUUUUUAUAUAUAUAUAUAAAUAUACAUGUAUAUUAUAAUCACAUGGCUGUACAUUUUAUACUGCGAGUCUUCGUUUCUUCUCCUGAAUGGUUACAAUGUUUUUGUUCCCCGACUGAUGAAUCAUGUUUUUUUUUUUUUAAUCUGUAUUAACUUGUGUAUUCAAUAAAUACAAGAUUACGUA